UAGCGACAGUAAAAGUAGUCAUUGUUUGAUUGGUCCAUUUCAGAAUAAUAUCUCUGAUAUGUUUUAUAAUUAUUGAUCAUUAAAGUGUUCUCAGAGCUGGUUAAUUAAUGUCGUUGUACAGCUGUAAACGUCACAACAUAUGCAUGAACUCCAACAGUUGUAUUACAUACUACUACUACAACUAUUUCGCCUAAUACUCAAAAGAGGAAGUGAAAAACAUUAUAAUUCUUUAUGAUUAGAUCUUUUUGUUUUAUCUUUGCAAUUCUUUUCUUACCAUCUAAAGCCUGCUUUUACUGAUUACUUGAAAGAAAAAUAUAGAAUUUUAUAAUAAGUAACCAUGUCCUGAACAUCUUCAUACCAUUUCCAUACAUGUCAAAUAAGCUCUCUUACAUGAUGCAGAUAUAGUGUCGCUCCAGACAAAUGACACCUUCCCUGUUUUUUCUUAAAUCUUCACUGUCUGCUCGUUACUUUUUAUCCUAUGACUUAGCACUGGAGCCAGCUGAGUUUGAGCCAAGGUGAUACUAUAAUGACAGUGUGCUGACUUCUAAAUACUGCAUGUUAAGAAAGUACUUCAGACGUAAUGUUGGAAGAUACAGACGUCUAUGACUUCAAUGUGUUAUUACUAUAAACUCCUCCUAUUACUACUACGCUUCACUAGUACAUCUACUACAGUAGUACUCGUGCUGCUGCUUUUGGUACUGUACUAAGUGAUGGCAUGACUAUCACUACCUGCUGUUACUCCUGCUACUUCUACUAAGACUAAUAAUACUAGCCUGCUAUUUCUCCUAUUGCUCUUACAACUAGUACCACACCGCUGUCACUGCUAGUCCUUCCGCUACUAUUUGCUACCUAUUCUAUAGGUAGUACUUCUGCUUCUGCUUUGACUUCUAAUACUACUUAUUGUUAUUGAAAUGUGAAACCAACUAUUUUACAUGUUAUGGAAUUAAACAUGUAAAUCCUCAAUACCAGACUCUCUGACUACAACAAAAACUAUGUAAGAAUUAAAAUAGUUCCUAAAUAUCCUUUAUUUAAAUAACAUUUUCCCAAGUUAUGUUGUUAAAUACUUAAUAAUAUUUCAAGUCUUAUAUUCACUGUUAACCCAAAUGUAUCCAAUGUAUUUUUAACUUUUGAAACUUCCACUAUUGCAACUGCUAUUACUACUGCCUCUUUUACAGUUUUAUUGCUCCUAUUAUUUCAUAUUCUACUUCUACUUUUAAUACCACACACCCUGUUUUUACGGCUUUUCCCUCUACCACUCCUGCUGCUUUUACUGCUUGUUGAACCCCUUAGUGCUGCUCCCAGGUCAGUUGCUGUGAGAGGAGGAACCUCAGAGUUGCAGCCAUGUUUUCGGCGGAGGAGAUUCUGUGCAACACGCAGCAGGUGAUCGCCGGGCUGGAGGCGCUAAGAGGAGAGAACCGCAGUUUGUUGGACAACCUACAGGUGGCGCUGGAGAGCCGGGCAAUGCCUGAGAGCGGCAGCGUGGAGCAGGAGAAGAGCGGCAUCAUCCGCCAAUCACUGGAGAGGAUAGAGCUUGGGCUGAGCGAGGCACAGGUGAUGAUGGCUUUGUCGGCUCAUCUGGGCUCUCUGGAGGCAGAGAAACAGAAGCUGCGUGCUCAGGUGCGGCGUCUCUGUCAGGAGAACCAGUGGUUGAGGGAUGAGCUGGCCGGAGCUCAGCAGCGCCUGCAGGACAGGGAGCAGGAGGUGGUGACUCUGGAGGAGCAGAACCGACACCUGCAGUUCAUGUCCUCCAUACGUAAAUACGACCUGGACGAGCCGCAGCUGGAUGACAAAGACGCGUCUACAACCAAAGAGUCCCUGGAUGACCUCUUUCCUGCUGAGGAUGAGGAACAGUCUCAGAGGUCCCAGCCUCACCACAGCAGUGCAGCAGCUGCAGCGCAGCAGGGCGGCUACGAGAUCCCCGCCCGCCUUCGCACACUGCACAACCUGGUCAUCCAGUACGCUUCCCAGGGCCGCUACGAGGUCGCUGUGCCACUCUGCAAACAGGCUCUGGAAGACUUAGAGAAGUCCUCAGGACACACCCACCCAGACGUAGCCACUAUGCUGAACAUACUGGCGCUGGUAUACAGAGAUCAGAACAAAUACAAAGAAGCAGCCAACCUGCUGAACGAUGCGUUGGCCAUCAGGGAGAAAACUCUGGGUAUAGACCAUCCCGCUGUGGCAGCAACGCUCAACAACCUGGCAGUGCUUUAUGGGAAAAGAGGAAAAUACAAAGAAGCAGAGCCGCUGUGUAAAAGAGCUCUGGAGAUCAGAGAGAAAGUUUUGGGUACAGACCACCCCGAUGUGGCCAAGCAGCUGAACAACCUGGCCCUGCUGUGCCAGAACCAGGGGAAGUACCAGGAGGUGGAGCAGUACUACGAGCGCGCUCUGCACAUCUACCAGAGCAAGCUGGGCCCGGACGACGCCAACGUGGCCAAGACCAAGAACAACCUGGCGUCGUGCUAUCUGAAGCAGGGGAAAUACAGACAAGCCGAGUCUCUGUACAAAGAGAUCCUGACCCGAGCACAUGAGAAGGAGUUUGGAUCUGUGGAAGGUGACGGUCAUCCCAGCUGGUCCGGCGCAGAGGACGGCGGGUCGGGACAGGACGGGCUCAGUAACCUGAGGCGCAGCGGGUCUUUCACCAAACUCAGAGAGUCGAUACGGAGGAGCAGCGAGAAGCUGGUCCGCAAGCUGAGAGGAGUUGGAAUAGAGGACAAUAUUCAGAGCAACGCUGGGAUGAAGAGGGCGAACUCUCUGAAUGUGUUGAAUGAUCGGGACAGAGAGAAUCAGGACGGGGCCCAGUCGAGCCGCCUGGCUGAUGUUCGAGGCCUGAGCUCCAGCACACAGAGCCUGACCAGACGAGGCUCACUCGGUGAUACCAGUUAACACACACACACACACACACACACACACACACACACACACACACACACACACACACACACACACACACACACACACACACACACACACACACACACACACACACCUUAUCCCACAACACCUCAAUAGAUUAACUAGAGAGAGCUUCACAGCUAUCGCUCACAUCAGGUGUGAUUCCCCACUUUGGAUCCUCUGAGAUAGGUGUUGCAUCUGCAGACUUUGUCAAUAAUCUAACGUGCAAAUGUGUUAAAUGUUUCUCAUUUAAAGAACUAAUAAUGCAUGAUUGUAAUCUAGUCUAUUGAGAACAUUUCACAGUUAGUGCAAUACUAUAACAGGUCUGUCUCUGGGAAUGUCCAGAGGGUGGUGAGAGCAUCGUGGCGAAGAACCUCUCCUUCCUUCCUGCUCACUGAAGAGUUCAUAUCAUUAUUCCUAGUUUUAUUAACUCAGUUUGCAGAUUUCCUCACCAGCAUUUAUAAUGUUAGAGAACAAAGUGUUCUAUAUAUCAUUUCUAUAUGUUAACCAUGUCAUUAGCAGAUUAACAGUAAUAUUUCAUUGUUCAUAUUAGUUACAUUUCUAUUAACAACACUGUUCCGUUAUUUAUGUUUAAAUGUUCUGGAAACAAACUUUAAGAUUGAUAAUGUGUCUACAUUUUUAUAAAUUCAUAGGAAUGUAAAGUUGUUUGCACGAUAAUCAACAUUAUGAUGUUUUGUCAAAAUCUAAAUGUUGCAUUUGGUUUACAAGGGAGCAGUGAGGCUGUCACGUUGAACCCGUUUGAGUUCUUUAAAUGUGUUUGCCUUUUUAAUGUGCGCGUCAUUCUAAUCAUGACUGUCCAAUCACACGUGUGUUAUUCAGCUGUUUGCUACGCAGUCCAGUUCUGACAUUCCACAUUACGAGAACAAGGACCAACUUUUGAUAAACUUGAAUGAACACAUAUAAGAUUUUAAAGAUGGAACUAUUAAAUAUGGAUAUUUUUGCACAUUGUCAGAUAAUAUAUAUUCAUAUAUUUAUGAUCAAUCGAACUCUCAAGCUGUGGUAAAUCAAUCAAUAGUUGAAUACUAAAGUACACACUUCCAUAUCCAGCAAUUAUGUGUCUAACACUAUUCAGAAAAUAUCUUUAAUCUAUCUGCAGAACAAAAGUACUGUUUAUUACUCCAGUCCAAGACCAGAGAAGGAUUUAAGCUAACACUUGACUGAGCAGCACCUUCCACUGAAGCCACUCUGUGCAGGAUUGGAACAUUUGUGACUGAGUCGCUACGUUGUAGAAUCAAAGACACAGUGCAUUACCAUGUCAGCGCUACAGCACGACUGUAGAGAAGCUAGUUUGCUCUAUGCUGUGCAAAUUCAGCAAAUCUCCUUGUGUGUAAGUUCAUACAUUUUUCAGCAGACCAGCUUUGACAAUCCAAAAAGACAGUAUGUGUCCAGAGCCAAAAGCACACAGAUACAGGAGUUGGCCUGUACGACAUGCCAUACCAGCUAAAGAGCAAACCAGAGACACAAGGGGCUGCGAACAACUGCAACUGAAAAAAACCUUAAAUGAUAUAUGAAGGUAAAAUGUGAGAAUGACUAAACUGAAUCAAAACUAAUAUUCAACCUGAAAAACCUUUUCAUACACUUGUUUUUAAUGAAAACAUUGUUCUACUGUUUUUAAGUCAAAAUUUCAGAUGAAUGUUGUUUUUUUAUGAUCACUGAUCUUUGGCCUGGAUCUAGUUCUAUUACUUUAUUAAUCCCAAACUGGGACACAUUUUGGGGGAAAAUGCCUGAAAUCUACAUCUAGCUGCAUCAUGCUAUUGAAAAUAGUAAACCAGCUUUUAAAUGAACAUGUCAUUUCAUUGUGAUCCUCUGAAUUUGUUAUAGAAAAAAUAAGACUUAUGGUGAUAAGACUACAACACAGCAUGGACAAAAAGCCCAGAGCAUUCAAUAACUAUACCUUUACUCAACCCUCUGGAAUGUUCAAAGACAUGGACGCAGAAACAGAGUGCUGCUUGGAAAUCUCCACCCACUGAACACAGCAUGACAUACUUUCUGAGCUGUUUUUGAUCGAGAACUACUGAUUGUACUUCUGCUGUGGUAGAGGAGCUCACUGCUGUACCGUAAGGGCUGAACCCGCACACUAGAACCUUUGAUAAUGGAACACCUGUAAGAAUGUUACGUACACAAUGGGAUAGAAGUGUGUAGAGAGUGCACCUGAUGCUGUUUAUUCUGGUGAAUAUGUAUUUUAUAUUUGCAAACCUGAGCUGAAAUAAAUAUCUGUAAAACAUUAA